AUGGUUGACUUUAUUUUUGGUGUCAGUCAUCCAGGUCACUGGCACGACUUGAAUAUUCAGCAAAACCCUCAUCAUUAUUCUGGUAUGCGCCGACUCGGUUCCAGUGCAGUUAGCUUUUUGCAAGAAAAAGUAGGUGCAGGCGUCUACUUUAACCCCUACGUUGAAGUGAAUGGCAUGAAUAUCAAAUACGGUGUUGUGUCAAUCGAUAAGCUGUGUAAGGAUUUGAUUGAUUGGGAAACACUUUAUUUGGCCGGUCGUAUGCAUAAACCUGUCAAAAUUUUGCGCGAUGAUCCUCGUGUUCGUCUGGCUAAUCAAGUCAACUUGACAGAAGCUGUUCGUGUGGCUCUCUUGACAUUACCAGAAACAUUCACUGAAGAAGAGCUCUUUAUUCGUAUUGCUGGUAUUAGCUAUAAGGGUGACUUCAGAAUGAUUGUUGGUGAAAAUCCCAACAAAGUAAGAAACAUUGUCAGUUCGCAAAUGGAAAACUUUCAUAGACUCUAUUUUGGCUUGUUGGAUGAUUUGCCUAAUGUAGCCAUCUUGAAUGAUGGUAGACUUCAACAAAGUGAUAAUCCCAGAUUCCGUGGUUUGAUGGUCAAAAAACUCCCCAAGACCUUGUAUGAUAAAGUGAUUAGCCAACAUAUGCAACAUGCUGCUAGAAACAACAUUGCUGUCCCAGAAGAUAAGACUACUCUGUAUGAGCAAGUGGCUCAAUCUGAAGCAUUAAAUGCAUAUAUUGAAAAGAGUCUUACAGAGAUUAUUGCUAGAACAGCCAUCACUCAAAGUAUUAAGGGUAUCUUUACUGCUGGCUCUGUCAAAACAGGUCGCUAUGUUGGCGAAAAAUUGAGCAAGUGGUGGACUGCAAAGAAAUAG